AUGGACACGAAAAUAUUUUAUGGUGCAAGACCACGCUCUGUCCUAGCCCUCAUACCAGAAAAUCCUCAAGAGUCUGAUGGUGAUCUGAGUGAUGACGAUGACCAAAUAGAGGAUCCUGAUUAUCUGCCCACACAAACAGAAGACUCUGGAGAAACAUCUUUUGAGUCCAUGGAUGAAGAGGACAUAGUCUCAACAAGUUCAUCUUCUAAACCGCCACCCCGUAAGAAGAAGAUGAAAGAAAAAAACUCCCUGAAAACAGUUUCCUUAGAGGAGCCAGAGGACACCAGUGACCCUACUUCACCCCUAGGCCUAAACAAAGGCAGGGAGAAAAUCUGGAAACAUGAAGACAUUGGGACAUUCCAGGUUCCUGAUUCAAGAUUUGAGCCCCCUGAUGCUGUAAAGACACCAUUCCAGUAUUUCAAAACACUCUUCACUGACAAGAUGAUUGAACAUAUUGCUCAACAGACCAAUCUAUACUCUGCCCAAGAGUUGGGGGAUCCAAUCAAAACUAGUCCACAAGAGAUUGAAGAGUUUUUGGCAAUACUACUCUUCAUGGGUGUUUUCAGCUUCCCAUCUAUUGAAGACUACUGGCACCAUGAGUCACGAUUCAGCGUCAUAGCUGAUAUCAUGCCACGUAAAAGAUUCAGGCUGUUGCGUCGGUUCAUUCAUUUUAAUGACAAUCAACAGUGGGAUAGCACUCCAGACCGAUUUCUUAAAAUCCGCCCCCUUUUUGAGAUGCUUCGUGAGCAGUGCCUCCUCAUUCCAUCUACAUACAAACAAAGUAUUGAUGAGGUGAUGGUGGCAUAUAAAGGCACAAGGGCCGGCACUCUUCGCCAGUAUAUUGCCAACAAACCAGACAAGUGGGGCUUUAAAUUGUUCUGCCGAGCCAGUUCAUCUGGAAUCAUCCAUGAUCUACUGCUCUAUCAAGGGGCAUCCACAUUUUUCAAUAUUGCCCUAAGUGAGCAGGAGCAAGAGCUGACUCUAGGGGCCAAACUGGUGACAGUUUUGUGCAAAACCAUGACGCAACCACAGCUGUCAGUUGUCUUCUGUGACAACUACUUCACCAGCUUUAAGAUGAUCCAGAAUGUACAUGCAAACUUGGGUGUCAAAUGCAUCGGCACUGUCCGAUCAAACCGUGUCAGUGGAAUACCCUUGAUUACAGACCAACAGCUAAGGAAGAAAGGACAUGGAGCUUUCGAUUAUAGGUCUUCUGAUGGUGUGAUUGCAGUGAAAUGGUUUGACAACAAAUGUGUCAACCUUCUGAGCAAUGCUUGUGGGAUCACACCUCUUUCCACUGUCAAAAGGUGGAGCAAAGUUGACAAGACAAAGAUCUCUGUCCCUUGCCCAUCACUUAUCCCAGCCUACAAUGAGCAUAUGGGAGGCAUUGAUCUUUCUGACAUGCUGGUGCACAUGUACAAGACCCCUGCGAAGUCAAGGCGAUGGUACUUACCACUGUUUGGAUACAUUCUUGACCUGUGCGUCUCAAACUCCUGGCUGGUCUACAAGAGAGACUGUGACCUACUGAAUGAGAAACCAAUACCUCUCAAAAGGUUCCGCCUGGCAGUCGCCCACACUUUGAAGCAAGUCAACAAGACAGCAUCCAAGGUUGGCCGACCAUCAUUCUCUUCUCCACCACCAAUGUCUCAGAAGAAACAAUAUGUCCCAAGACCCACACAACCACAACCAGAUGUGCGUUAUGACAACUGUGGACACAUGCCGCUUCACAGUGUCAAGCGUGGGCGGUGCAACUUCUGUCCAAAGGGUGUGUCAAGGUGGAAGUGUGAGAAAUGCAAUGUUUUCUUGUGUCUUAAUGCAAACCAGCAAUGCUUCAUAGCAUACCACAAGAAAUAA